AUGGCGAUGCACGUCUACGUUGGCGGAGCAUGUCCCUGGCUGGAUGGCCACAUCAAGUCGUUCAUUCGGCGCCAUGUUCCAGACGCCGUAUUUGUCAGCGAUCCCAAGGCUAUACCAAAGGACGCAUCGACCGUUUACCAGUUCUGCGAUGGCUGGGAGCUCAACGAGAACUUCGCGGUUCUCAACGCUGCAGCAAACGGCCUGAUCAACGCGUAUCCCAGCAGUGAUGCCCUCGCUCGGAAGGAUUACAUGGCUCGAGUCAUCGAGUGCUGGACAGCAAAGAGGCCUGACAGCAUCUUGAAGACCAAUUCGCCGGCCACGGUGCGGCUUUCUCUCGAUUACGCCGAGUACGUCGAUGACGCCCUGGCGGCGGCAGACGAUUUGACGAUACUAUACUCACUGGAGGAUAAUCUCAACAAAGAGCCGUCUGAUCGGGAGUGGUGGAUCCUUAAGCCAGCCCUCGUAGAUUGCGGCGCCGGCAUCCGCAUCUUCAGCACGGAAGAGGAACUCGCCAGCAACCUCGAACUUGCUGAGGACGAAGAUGACGACGAAGACACGGACUCAGUCACAGAAAGGUCUGAGCCGGCGACCGACCUCGAAGACGGCAUCAAUCCGAAAGACUUCCUACCAACGCUCUCCACACCCGGCCUCACCGCCCUUGAUGCACUGGUCACGGCGACCUCAUCACUGGUCAUUGACCCGCGCCCGAAGAAGAAGCAGCAGUACGUGUUCAAAGCCGACGGACGCAUCCCAUCAGCUCAGAUGCGGGAGUUUGUCGCCCAGCGCUACAUUGUCUCCAUUCCGCCGCUCGAGAAACGCAAAUGGCACGCCCGGGCUUACGUCCUUUCUGUCGGCCGCCUCAAAGUCUACGUGUUCAGGGACAUGCUCGCGCUUCUAGCGGGCGAAGACUAUGCACCACCGUGGCUGAAUCCGAGCCUGCGCGCAUCCCUGACCAACACAGGGCUGCAAGAAGACGAAGACAUCUUGAGCAAAGAGUCGAUGCGCAGUCUUUGGGCUGCACCAGACGAUCUUUUGCCUGGUGAUUGGAAGAACGAAUUGUUCAGGCAGGUGUGUGAGGUUUCGGCAGAGCUCUUCAGAGGGGCGGUGCACACGAUGGCUGAUAAGUUUACGACGAUGAACAAAUGCUUUGAGCUGUUCGCGCUGGAUUUUCUCGUUGACACGAAUGGGACGGCUUGGUUGUUGGAGGUGAAUGAAACACCAGCAUUUUAUGAGCAGGGUGUCGCUGGGUCCAUUGCCCUCAACCUGAUGGAGUCGGUCAUAGCUGUGACGCUGCAGCACAUGGGGCUGGCGAAUGGCGUAGGUGGGAUGAGCAAGACGUCGAAGGCACGGAUGGUACAGGUGUUGGACGAGACGAAAAGUCUGGCGAAGAGCAACAUUACUGAGAUCCUGCCCGAGUAG